ACUCUCGCUCCAGCUCCACUGUCUGUCAGUGUCACUCAUGGAGCCACUACUCCUGGUGCUGCCGCUCGCCGUCAUCGUCCUUUCACCCCAUCUACAUUGCACCGGCGCCGCGGCCGCCACGCCUUCUCGGUUCAACUCCAUCUUCAGCUUCGGCAACUCCUACGCGGACACCGGCAACUUCGUCCUGCAGUCCGCCGGCCUCCCCGCCAUCCCUUUCAACCACUCCCCCUACGGCGAGACCUUCUUCCGCCGCCCCACCGGCCGCCCCUCCGACGGCCGCCUCAUCAUCGACUUCAUCGCGGAGGCGCUCGAGCUUCCUCUCCUGGCGCCGUUCCUGUCGCGCCAGCAGCCGCAGGACCUCAGCCACGGCGCCAACUUCGCCAUCGUCGGUGGCACGGCGCUGGACGUGGGGUUCUUCCUCCGGCACAACGCGGCCAGCGUGCCACCGUUCCGGAGCUCCCUGCGCGCGCAGAUCGCGUGGUUCCGGAGGUUCAAGAAGCGGUCGUCGCUCUGCAACGGCACCACCGCGGCGGCCGCGGGCGGGUGCGGGGAGCGCCUGGCGAGGUCGCUGUUCGUCGUCGGCGAGCUCGGCAGCAACGACUACGGCUACUUCCUCGCCGGCGGCAAGAGCCUCCGGGAGACCAAGUCCUUGGUCCCGGAGGUCGUGAAAGCCAUCUGCAGAGGCAUCGAGAGGCUUGUGGAGGAGGGAGCGAGGUACGUGGUGGUGUCGGGGACGCUGCCGGCGGGGUGCCUGCCGAUGGCGCUGGCCAAGUACGGCGGCGCCGGCGAGGCGGGGAACGCGACGACGGCGGAGUACGACCGCCGGACGGGGUGCCUGCGGCGUCUCAACGGCCUGGCGCAGUACCACAACUGGAUGCUGCGGGAGGCCGUGGGGCACAUGCGCGCCAAGUACCCCGCCACCAAGCUCGUCUACGCCGACUUCUACCGCCCGGUGGCGCGCCUCGUCCGGCGGCCCAGAAAAUUUGGGUUCACCGAGGAGCCUCUCCGGGCGUGCUGCGGCGGAGGCGGGCCGUACAACUACAACACCGAGGCGGCCUGCGGCUCACCGGACGCCACCGUCUGCGGCGACCCGUCCAAGUAUGUGCAUUGGGACGGCAUCCACUUGACCGAGGCCGCCUACAAGUACAUCGCCGACGGCUGGCUGGAUGGCCUCUACGCCUACCCAUCCAUCCUAGACUUGGCGCAAUAGGUUAAUGCAAAUCUUGUCUCGCUAAUUAGCAGAAUUCGAGCAAGUGUGCAUGAUUUUGUUGCUGAACUUAUAUAGCACAUGAUCUUCAGAUGCAGUAUGAGUGAGUUGAUUGGGUGGAGGUAUGGUAACAUGAGCCUUCUCUCAGUAACGUAAUCUUUUUCUUAUGUGUGAUGCCGAUCAUCUUGUGACAUUGCCAAAAACCACUUCUCAACCCAACUCAUUUU